CGAUACUUGAUCGAUGGUUAUUUUAGUUUUAGACGGUUACAAUGUAUGUAUCUUUGGUUAUGGACAAAGGCAAAACAGUCACCAUGAAGGGUACAACGGGAACAGGGGAGUCAAUUAUAGGACUCUCGAAGCAUUAUUUAUAAUCACGAAGGAGACGAGUGAAACUUUCACCUAUGACAUAUCUGUUAGUGUGCUUGAAGUCUGCAAUGAGAAGAUCAGGGACAUAUUAGCUCCACCGACAACAUCAAAAAGGUAAAGUUCUUCUCUUACAUUGGAGCCUGUAGCUUCUCAAAUUGGUGGAUUUUGUUAUAUAUAGGAGUUUUUGAAGGAUAAGAAAAUGGAAAGAUACGAGCUUGUGAAGGAUAUAGGGUUUGAGAAUUUUGGUGUUGCCAGGAUCAUAAGGCACAAGGAGACAAAAGUGCCUGUGGCUAUGAAAUACAUUGAGAGAGGACACAAGGUGUUGACUAUACCGAUGCUUAAUCGAUGAUUAUUUUAGUUUUAGACGGUUACAAUGUAUGUAUCUUUGGUUAUGGACAAAGGCAAAACAAUCACCAUGAAGGGUACAACGAGAAUAGAGGAGUCAAUUAUAGGACUCUCAAAGCAUUAUUUAUAAUCGCGAAGGAGACUAGUAAAACUUUUACCUAUGCCAUAUCUGUUAGUAUGCUUGAAGUCUACAAUGAGAAGAUCAGGGACAUAUUAGCUCCAUCGACAACAUCAAAAAGGUAAAGUUCUUCUCUUAUAUUGGAGCCUGUAGCUUCUCAAGUUUGGUGGAUUUUGUUAUAUAUAGGAGUUUUUGAAGGAUUAGAAGAUGGAAAGAUAUGAGCUUGUGAAGGAUAUAGGGUCUGAGAAUUUUGGUGUUGCCAGGCUCAUGAGGCACAAGGAGACAAAAAUGCUUGUGGCUAUGAAAUACAUUAAGAGAGGACACAAGAUUGAUGAGAAUGUAGGAAGGGAGAUCAUUAAUCAUAAAUCACUUCGACAUUCGAACAUAAUUUGUUUCAAGGAGGUGGUAUCGACUCCAACUCAUCUUGCUAUUGUCAUGGAAUAUGCAGCUGGUGGAGAACUGUUGGAGCGCAUCUGCAAUGCUGGAAGGUUCAGUGAAUACGAGGUAUAGUUAGAUACUUUUUUUCAACAACUUAUUUUAGGAGUCCACUACUGUCACAACCUGCAAAUAUGUCAUAGACAUUUGAAACUGGAGAAUACCCUUCUUGAUGGAAGUGCAGCUCCAUGCUUAAAGAUAUUUGAUUUUGGAUACUCAAAGUCGUCCCUGUUACAUUCAAGGGCAAAAUCAACUACUGGGACUCCAACUCAAAUUGCUCCAGAGGUUCUUUCCAGAAGGGAAUAUGAUGGCAUGCAGACGAAGAAAGAGAAAAUAUAGAGACAUUUCAUAUGAGCUCUAUAGGAUGGAUCAGACGUAGCAAGCGACCG